AAAGCCCUUUUGUUCAACGCUGUGACAUAUUAAAGCAAAAAUCCCUGUCGUCCAUUGGCAGCCCUGCCCCACUUCCACACAUAACCUCACUCGUUCAAACUCCAAAUUACCAGUAUCAAUGUAAAAUGAACAAAGACCCCGUAGUCCUCAGCUACGAUGAAAGCUUGCUAAGAAAAUCCGACGUGGAGCUCCUCCACGGCCCCUACUGGCUCAACGACAACAUCAUCUCCUUCUACUUCGAGUACCUCAAGAACACGUUCAAGAACGCCCCCCAGAUGCUCUUCGUCUCCCCGGAAGUCACCCAGUGCAUUAAAAUCAUCCCGGGUAGCCAGAUGAAGGUGUUCCUGGACCCCCUGGACGCUGCCAACAAGCACUUCAUUUUUUUCGCGCUGAACGACAAUGAGAAGCCGCAGUCAGUCGGGGGCACCCACUGGAGCUUAUUGCUGUAUUCACGUGCUGAUCAGACUGUGUACCAUUAUGACUCGUCGAGGGGGUCUAACAGCGAGCAAGCUGAGAGCUUUGCUAGGAAGUUAUUUGCCUAUUUUGAUGUUCGGGGGCAGUUUAAGGAGGAGGUGUCGCUGCAGCAGGACAAUGGGUACGACUGCGGGAUUUACCUGAUUUGCAACGCCGAGUGUUUGGCGAAGCACCUGGCGAGGUAUAAUUCGGUGGAGAGCUAUGAUAAUUUGAAUGGGGAGUUGCGAGAUAGCGUGGGGGGGAUGCGGGGUGAGAUUGUUAAUGUUAUUGAGAAGUUGAGGGUGAGUAGUUGAUGGGGGUGAGUCAGGAAAUUAUUAAUUUAUUAAUUGGGGUAAGUUUGGUAAGCAGAAGAAACUAAGUAGACUGAUUUACAUUUAUAAAAUAUAUUCUUACAAACUGUAGUGUCCAUGUGUUGAUUUUUUUCGUUACAAAAAACGGAGUUUUUGGCUUAUUGAAGAGUUUCACUAAUAUUAAUAUAAAAUUAAAAGGGUAAUUGAUCUUAAAAAUAAUCAGUGAUUAAUUAUUUAAACAUGAAUUUAACCAAAAAAAAAAAAAAAAACUAGGGAGUAUAAACUGGCUUUUUGUAGAAGUCAGGAAAUGAAAUAAUGAAAUAAGAUGUAUACACUUGAACACCAAAAAAGUCUCCAAGUAGUAUUAAAUGUAAUCCUGACACUGUAUUAAAAGCCAAAAUGUGUCUUCAUGUAAAUAAAAAUAUUAAUUUUUGCUUUA